UCCCCCCACUACGUUUUUUGUCCCAAAGGAUACCACACACAGCUGCAGAGGCUGCUAGCUCCAACUGUAGCAAACACAAGUCGAUGACUGAGAACUCCGCCUCCCAUGAUGGACAAGAAAAGUGCCAACGGCUUUCAGACCAAGGCCAGUGAGGGUGGCGUUCAGAGGAAGCAGCUGCCCUACUCAGUGGAAACUCCCUAUGGCUUCCACCUGGACCUGGACUUCCUCAAGUAUGUUGACGACAUUGAAAAAGGCAAUACCAUCAAAAGGGUCCACAUUCAGCGCAGGGUCAAGGGCCCAGCCAAAUUCAGCACACUGCCCAGAAAUUUCAGCCUUCCUGGGCAUGGGGCCAGGCCUGCUCCUAAGGAAAAGGACAGCACAUGGUCGGGGACGUCCACCCUGGGGACCAAGCCUAAAUCACGGGUGACGGAGGUCCAACAGAUCUACGACUUCAGGGCAAGUGAAGGGGGGACUUCCAGCCAAACCAGCAGGGGGACAACCAGUCAAAAAGCUGGCUAUGUUUCAGCAAAGCCCAGAGAUGAAGUAGGAGCUGGGGCUCAGGAUGUUGAAGAGAAAACUGUGGGAAUUCAAGGUCGACCGAACCUGCUCCGAGCAUCAAGCAUGCCCAUCACAUUACAGCAGAGGAAAGGUUCUGAUUCGAGCAGUCCAGACCGUAUUGUGGGAACACCGGAGAUCGGCUCGACGGAGAACGUUUUUCGUGCUUCACCGGACAUAACAGAGAGACGGUGUGUUCCUCAGGAUCGCACAGGGCUUCACCAGCAGAUCACAGUGGCACUGAAGCGGGUCAGAGAGCUGGAGGAGCAGGUUAAAACCAUCCCAGAACUCAAGGCUCAGAUCUGCACACUAAGGGAGGAGAGGGAGAAGCUACUGCUUCAGCUCCAAGCCCAGGUCCGAGCGCAGGUUUCCAAAUCAUCCUCUACAAUAGGACCCAAUUCGGAUUCUGGGACACACACUCAGCCACAAGGACACAGACCUACAGAAGGCCUCAACUUAGCUCUGAUGACUCAACCCACUGGAGGUUUAGAAGCUUCAGAGCGUGUGCCGACAAAGCUGGUAUCAGGGAAAGGUGUUACAGAGAAAAGUCAAGUUUUACAAAAAGAGGGGGAGAUGAAUCAAGAAUCUGCGAGACAAACACAACCAUCAGAAAAAUCGGACAAACAAAAAGAGACAGAGAGUACACUGGAGCAUGCAGUGCAAAAGCUAUCACAGGAUAUUGCAGGACAGGAAUUAACAUCACUUAGGGGGGCUAUAAAAUACGCAGAGACUAGCAGUAUUCAAGAUGGUGACGCAGCAAAAGCAGACAAACUUGAGACAGACCCAGACAGUAUGCUGAAUCUGCAGGAAAAGUUAAUGAUACUGGAGGCUAAACUUACUCAGGCUAGCCAAAAUCUGGAGAGAACCAAUUCUCUUUUGAAAGAACAAAUAGAUGAGAACAAGGUGAAAGAGGAGAAAAUACUACAACUGAGUGAUGGAGUGAGAGUGGAGGUGUGUACUCCAGAAGCACUAAACAGGCCAAGAAGAGACAGUAUUGACACAGGGACCGAGACAGAGAAAGUUGAUUUUGCAAACCAAGAGACAGAGACAGAGCCACCUGGUACAGUAGAUCAGGGAACCGAUACAGAUAGAAUCUGUAUUGAAGUGUCUGUACCCACACCAGGGGCUGAAGGUAUCGAUCAAGGAACAGAAACUAAUAAAGUUGACACAAAUGAACAGUUGAUAGAGAUGGAGGCAGAAGCAGCUGUUGUGAGCCCACCAAGACCCAGAGCCAACAGCAUGGAACGGGGCACAGUAACGGAGAGGAUCGCCACUCAGGAUCAGAUGACCGAGACGCCCGUAGCAGAAAGGGUAAACCAAGUGACAGAAACAGAGGGGGAGACAGUGACAGACCAUCCACAGAGACCGAGGGCCAGCAGUGUAGACCGGGGGACAGAGACAGAGAGAGUGAACACUGUGGACAGGGUGACAGAGACGGUUGGAGCACAGAGGACAGACCAGCAGACUGAGACGGAGGAAGAAAGACGACAGGAUAACAACCCAUCCAGAGAUGUAGAGGCAGAGAGUCAAGUGAGAGAACGUCCAGGAAGUGAAAGAUUAGAAGAUGUAGCUAGUGUGGUCAGUGAAAGAGUAGAGGAUAUAGAAGCAAAUGAAAGUGUUCAAAGAGAGAGUGGAGAAAGUGAAAGCGUGGCCGUGGAAGAGAGUUCAAUUACAGUUCUAGAAAGCAGAGUGGAAGAAACCAUAGUUUCAGAGACUGUAAGUCAGGAUCAAGGGCUCACCAGUGCGCUUGUUGCAGUUGAAGAAAAUACAGAUUCUAAGAUUGAAACAGUUACUUCACAGAAUGACUCAGAAACAAAAGAAAUGGAACCCCUUAAGAGUGAAGGAAGAGAAAUUGUUGAAGCACAACAGAUUGCAAAGGAAACUGUAGAGACGAAACAAACAGACGUAGGUGUGAUUGUGUGUGCCGCAAUCAAAGAGACUGUAGUCACUGACACAGUUGUAGUAGUAGCAGCAGAGAAUGAAGCUGUUAAGGCAGUAGUUCCUGUACGACCCCAGAGAGGCCGAAAGCUCUCAGCAGAUCAGGCACAGCCAAUACCUGCUCAAGUUCAGGCUGCUCCGGUGCGUCCUCGUAGGGGAUCUGGUGAAACUCAAGUCCAGCGGUCCCAGCCCCAGACAAAAACCCAGCCCCAGGCACAAGUUCCACUUCAGCUUGAGGCCAUAACCCCCACUCAGAUGUCUGAACCAGAGGUAAAACAUCAAGCACCUUGUCCGUCUCCGGUUGAGGAUAGCACCCUAGCAAAGAGAAAGUCUCAAACCACUGCAAGUCGACGGGAUUCCAAAGAACCUAAAGCAUCACAACCUCCUUGUCAAGGGUCAGGAGAAGCCCAGACCUCUCAGGGCUCUCGUAGAAGUUCCAGUGAGACUCAACCCCCUCAGAGAGAUACAAGCGAGACACAAUCAUUGCGCAGAGGCUCCAGCGAAACAGCUCAGCGUCGUGAUUCAAGUGAAACCCAGGUAUCACGUCGGGAUGCUGGCGAGGCCCAGCCACCUCGCAGAGGCUCCGGUGAGUCACCAACGUCGCCUGCGGCUUUGGGCCAAGUCGUUACCCGAUUAACAGGGCUUCUGGGCGAGCAGUGGGCGCAGCUGGGGAGCAGCUCUGGAACUCAACAGACGGCCAGCCAGCAGGAAAGCCCCGCCGCACAGAAACAGAAGGCAGGGAAAAGAGCAGAGGCAGUGAAAGGAGCAUCAGCCAAGCCUGCAGUGAAGGCAAUUCCUGUAGCUACAACAGGGAAGCCAGCAGGGAAGCCUGGUCCUUCCAAAAUGAGCUCAAUUCAAAGUCAACUGGUCAGCUCUCUCAGUGUCCUCUCUGCCUUCUACUCACCAGGCCAGAAAGCUGCCGCUGCCAGCAAACAGCAAGAACAAGGUCUCAAAUCAAUUAUGAAGAAAAAUGGUGUUGCUGACAAGCAAGGAAACAAGGGAGCCAAGAAAAACCUGAAGUUUGUUGGGGUGAAUGGAGGCUAUGAGUCGACGUCCAGCGAGGAGUCCAGUGGAGAUGAGAAGUCGAAGGUGGAGGUAGAGGAGGAGGAGGAGGAAGACAGCUCAGAACCAGAGGAGAAGAAGGAAAAGGAGACAGAGCCUCAGCCAGCAGACAAGCCUGAGGAGGUAGCAGAGACCCAGCAGAAGGAUGCAGAGGUCUCCACCGAGGGAGGAGGUGCUGUAGCUGCAGCGAAGGAGGGUGAGAGAGGCCUUCUGGAUAUAGAAGGCAGCCAGGAGCUCCUGGAAGAACAGGCUGAAGGGGGGAAAGUUGACCAGGGGUUUAUAGACGCCUGCCUCUAUGUAAAAGACAGAAUGGAAGAGGUUUCAUCACCAGAUAAAGAAAUGCGUCAGGUUUUAGUGGUGCUCUACCAGGAGUGGUUCAAGAUCUCCAGCCAGAAGGACUCGCAGGCCGAUACGGUCAGAUUAUACCUGAGACAAGUGGGCUUGACCACGCCCACGCUCCUGCCAUACGUAGUUAACUUGACCGACGGCAAUGGGAAUAUGGCCCUCCACUACAGUGUGUCGCAUUCAAACUUUCCUGUGGUCAAACUGCUGCUGGAUACUGGUCUCUGUGAGACAGACAAUGUGAACAAGGCAGGCUACACUCCAGUGAUGCUCGCUGCACUGACGGCUGCUGAGAGCUCUGAUGACCUGGAGGUUGCACAACAGCUGUUGAGACUGGGUGACGUUAAUGCAUGCUCCAGACAGGCGGGCCAGACGGCACUAAUGCUUGCGGUCAGCCACGGCCGUGUUGCCAUGGUAAAGCUGCUUCUGAGCUGCGGUACGGAUGUAAAUGCCCAAGACCGCGAAGGCUCCACGGCCCUGAUGUGUGCCAGCGAACAUGGACACAUAAACAUUGUUCGUAUGCUGCUGGAGACGGGUCGCUGUGACAUCAGCCUCGUGGACAAGAAUGGACAGUCAGCGCUGUCAGUGGCAGAGGGAGCCUCCCACCAAGAGAUAGUCGACCUUCUGAAGGCCAACGCUGCGACCCAAGCCUCUAAACCAUUGUUUACCCCAGACCUACUCUGAACCGGGCUGACCCUGAUAUCUCCAAACCACUCCAGCUCGCCAACCCCCAACCCUUUAAUUUCCAAGACAUUCUGCCCACCAACAAAGAGGGAAAAGGAAUGAAAUGAUUUGAAUUAAAGACAUGAUGACACCAUACAAGACUCAGCGAAAAAAAGUGGAUAAACUCUGUUUACCGUGGACCUACAUUAAACCUCUGAGACUGGAGUGUACGCCCACAUUUUUCUUCCGAAUCUCUGCCAACAUGCCCCGUGGGUGUUUAUGGAUAUGCUGCAUCAACCACUCAGUGGACGGACAACAAACAGGGCCCGGUCGAUUUGACAAUAAGGUGUUGCCAUGGUGACAAGCGUGAUUGAAAGGAUAUUACGUAGGGGACAGGGUGGGAAUAUAAAAGGGCAGCAGGGACGGCCGGACUGGCAAGUGGAUGAAGAGAUGUUCUGACAAACUGCUGCUUCUUAUCAUCAACUAGCUCUUCAAGCAAAAUACUAAGCACAUGAUCUACCUUUUAAAUAUACAAUAUUUAAUAUGACAUAAUUUCUAUUUUUUCUUCAUACCAUUGGCCAUUAUUCUUUUCAUAUUUGGACAUAAGCCAUUAUUAAGAUCACAGUAUAUGUAGAAUGUUAUUUUAACGCAUUAUAAUCAUACACAGAAACUGUAUUUUCUACUGCACUUUUUUAUUGUUUUGUGUACAGUAAACAGUUCUCUCUA